AGCAAAGAGAAUAUACUGCAAUUUUCAAACUCCUUUUGAGAAAAAAGGGGAGAAAAAUAUUGUGUAGAAUUUGAAUUUAUUAUUCUCCACUAAGUCAUUUACAGCUAGCAGGUGAUUAUAAAUCCAAUUUUAAAUCCAUUUCGACGAUUCGAUAUUCAUGGAGCCAAACUGAUCGUUCAGUCACAGACACAGCUCAGAGCUCUCGAGAGAGAGCGGCGGCCAUGGGGUUCGCCGUGUCUCUCAUCAGCGCCAUGUUCCGGCGGAUGUUCGCCUCCGCCGGCCUCCGGCCAGGCUCCGCCGUCGUCGACGACGACGGCACGACGCUCCACUUCUGGGCGCACUCCUCUCUCCUGAUCCUCCCUUCCAAGAAUGGCGCCGCCGCCGCCGCCGCGGCGGCGGGGCGGCGGCCGGUGGUGGUGCUCGUCCAUGGCUUCGGGCCGGACCCGACGUGGCAGUGGGGCGCGCAGGUGGGCCCGCUCUCCCGCCACUUCGACCUGGUGGUCCCGACCCUCCUCUUCUUCGGCGCCUCCACCACCAGCGCCGCGCCGCGCUCCGACGCGUUCCAGGCAGCCGCCAUCGCCGCGCUCCUCACCAGCGGCGGCGCGCACCUCCCAGGCCUCGGCGGCGAACGCCGGGAACUGCACAUCGUGGGCACCAGCUACGGCGGGCUGGUGGCGCGGCACCUGGCGCGGGCGCUGUCGACGUCGGCCGGCGACGGCCAGGUGGAGGUGGGGAAGGUGGUGCUGUGCGACGCCGACCUGGCGAAGGGGGCGGAGGACGACGCGGCGCUGGCGGCGAAGGGCGGCGUGGCGGAGGUGACGGAGCUGAUGGCGCCGGCGGACGGGAAGGCGUUCCGGCGGCUGAUGGCGCUCUGCGUCCACCGCCCGCCCAAGUACAUCCCCGACUUCCUCGUCCGCGACCUCCUCCGGAAAUAUUUCGCGGACAAAAGAGAGGAGAAGAUCCGGCUGAUCAAAGAGAUCGUCACCGAGGAACAAGACUCGCAGCUUAAUUCUCCUCUCCCUCAAGAAAUUUUGAUCAUCUGGGGGGAGUUCGACCAGAUUUUCCCUGUGGAGAAAGCACACAAAGUGAAAGAGAUGCUUGGGGAGAAGGCGACGGUGAAGAUAAUACCGAACACGGGGCACCUGGCGCACCAGGAGGAUCCCAAGAUGUUCAACGAUAUCCUGCUCAAGUUCUUGCUGCCUUCUCCUGCCGUCGCCAAUGGUGCAAAAUAAUCAAGUGUGCUAAUACAAUUAUACAAUGCGAUCUGCUUUUCCGGCCAUCGGGUACUCGGGUGUAAUGGUUCAGGAUCUUUGAUUCGUGUUUCUUAAAUUUCGAAUUGUGUAAUUGGUUGCAUUUGAAUUUAUCAUGGUCGAGAGAGGAGAGACAUCGAAAUGUUUUGUUUUGGUUCAGCUACUUUGCGAAGUUAUUUUGGAGUACGCUCAAUGUAAGAAUUUAUAAAGAUCUUCGAUGUCAAAAUGGGUCCAUAGCUCAGUGGUAGAGCAAUUGACUGCA